CACCUCCCGACAUCGCGGCAGAGCCACUUGCGGAGCCUCCCAUACGCAAGCAUGCACACUGCGCAAGAGGCGCUGCGCAACGGCGUAACGCUGCGAUAGCUGCCGUCGGCCCGCUAUUGCGCGGGCUGCGGGACCUCUGCGCAGAGCCGCCGAGCAGGCAAGGAGCAGAGGGCAGCCGCUGCCCCCGUUUCCACACCGUCCGCGGAGCCAGAGAGCGCAGAUGCUCUCCGCAACGGCGGCGCCGGCGUGCCUGCCUCACGUGCGCCGCAGAGCAGCUUUCACCUCGCCCACGCAAAGUCGUACGGUCAGCCACGCCGUGCUGCGAGGGCCAGGGUCGGGCCAUGAGGCAGCGCGCGAGCGCCGUCCAAGGGUCGGCGUUCGCGAGCGGGGCGACGGGCGGCGGCAUGCGGAGUCCGGCGCCGAGUCCAGACCCCGCGCGACCGCAGCGCGUCAAGGUCAGCGCCGUGCAGCGCCGUCGUCAGUCGGGUGCGACGCCGCCGCUGCUCCGUCCUCGCAUUCUGCAUGUGCACAUGCGCCCGCACCGGCAACGUCGUCGCCGGAGCGGAGGAGGGGCCUCCUUGGCCAUGGCCGAGGGUGGUACGAGGCGAUCCAUGUCUCCUGCGGUGCUGCGUGCAGGUCGGCAUACAAGCAGGCACAGGCGAGCUGCGGGCCGCAACGAGAGCUCGAGAUGCGAGAGGCCUGUGGCGGCCAGCCAGCGCUGAGAGCCGGCAAAGAAAUCGUGAGCGUCAGGCGGCUAUCGAUGCUGCGGCCUCGAGUGGGAUGCCCGCGGCGCCGGGCCGUCUCAGGGGGCGCGCAGCAUGCAGCAGUGCUCGUCGCCGCUCCCAGCGGCAGGCGCAGGCGCAGACUUGCCAGCCACAGCCCCGCUCAGGCCUCCGGGCGCAGACGAGCUUCUCAGGCACAGCAAGCAGCCUGCCGCUGCCACCCACCGGUGUGGCUGGCGCUGCUGGGCUUCUGGCGCCAUCGCGCCACCCUGCGGGCGACCAAAGCGCCAUGUCCUGUGCCUGCAUUAAGCCUGCCUGUCAGCGCCGCCAUGGCUGGUGGCUUCACCACGGACGGGCGUCGCUGCGCUGCAGAGCUGGUAUCAAAAUAGAUUAUUUGCGCCCUUGUCGACGACCCCUUCUCCCUCGACCCGCCCAUCGACCGGCACGCCUCGCAAGCAUGCCGGAGACGCAGCGGACAAUUUCAGAGCCCGUCUCUGCUCUACCGCGAGGACGGCAGCAUUUGCGAA